AUGGCAAAAAGGAUUUCAAAGAAGAAAAAGAAGACAAAGGAGAGGCAACUUGUUAUUUCUACGCAAUCUUCUGAAUACGAAGAUGUGCCUGAAACACCCGUAGCUAUUCCAAUCAUUGAACCUUCAUCUCCUGAGAAGACUGUCUUCAUACUACCCAAAGUUUCGUCUGCCAAAUCAUUUUUUGAAGAGGAUAUUUUCAACAAUAAGCUCACACAUCUUCCCAAGGUACUCCUGUUGUUAUUUCCAGUGCUUUUGUCUCUUUACCUCCAUACACUAUACCUACCCCUUCUACCACUGAGUCAGCCACCUUUUGAAAACAUAAUCAACGAACCCUUCACUUCAAUUUUUUCAUCCCAAUCCACUGAUCCACCAAAACCAAUGGACGAGUGUGAUAAUGAAGAAGAUGGUUUUGGAGGCACAUUUAAAGCCUUAGCAUUUGAUGAAGAAGAGGAAGACUUCCCUAACCAUAUUCUGAUGUCUAUGAAACAGUUCAAAAUUUUGAAUAAAAUGUUGAAUUCUAUUAUUCAAUCUCAAGCAAAUAUUGGGGGAGGAAGUUCAGUGUCUAGUUUUGAACUUGAUGGUAUGAUGAAGGCAUUCGAAGCCCGAAUGGUCAGCAAAAUUCCGGGUAUGGUUAAAGAAUCAGAAUCAAAAAUCUUAGAGAAAGUGGAUAAUGAUGAUCACACAACAGAGUUAUGGGUUAGAAAAUAUGUCAACUUUAAGCUUCAAGAGCUUUGUGAUGAUAUGAUUAGAGAAUUUGCAAUUGUUCACCAUGAUUAUGCCACUCUGCAUAAGAAAGUUGACAUUAUUUGUGAUUCAGUAACGUAG